CACACUCGACCCACACAGCCAGGCGCACACACUCGAUCCCACACACAAGCGCACACUCCCUCCCUCUCGGCAGCGCCGCGAGCUAGCUAGCGAGGUUGGUGGAGCCGCUCCACGGCGGCGGGGCCAGGCGAGGCCGCGAGGUCGGUCGGGGAGCCGCGCGGCAGCAGCAGCAGCAGCGGAGCGGGGCGGGCCGAGCUCGUUCCGGCCACCCCUGCGGCCAUGGCGGCGAGCGGCGAGGGGGGCGGCGACGCGUCGGCGGCGGCCCGGCGCCGGUGGGAUCUCACCAGCAAAGGGGCGGAGACCAUUCCAAUGGUGAAAGAGGCUGCGGAAAUCUCCACGGACGAAGAAUCAGAUGGUGUUGUUAUAUGCCCACCAGAUGAGAACACUCGUGGUUGCGAGGAAGUUGUUAGUGGCAGUGAUCAUGAUAGUUCUCCAGAGGGCCAAGUAACUUGUGUAGAACCGGCCAUAGACGGGGAAACAGGGGAAGACAAGCUUGUAAACCAAGAUUCACUGAAGUUGAUCGAUCAAGAAAUGUCUGCUCUGCCUAAGUCACCAACAAAGCCUAGUAUGUCUGGAUCAGAGAGGUCUAAGCGCACUGUUCCUCAACCAUUUGCACUUUCAACUCAAAGAAGGGCUUCUGGUGGAGGAAAUGGCGGUGUGGCUCAUCCAUCCAGUAACGGAGAAAAAUCUGGGCAAGGAAGCAGUGCCUCUCCAGCAAGCAUGAUAAAGAAGAGUACUCUGGUGACACCCAAGAAGAUGUCGCAACCUGGCCAUACAUUUCAACCUCAAGAUGACGACUCCUGUUCAGUGACUUCUUCAACCACAGCUUCGGCACGAGCUGGCAGAACUAAGACAACUGUUGCCUUUGCUCCUACAUUUGUAUGUGACGACCGUGCUGACAAGAGGAAAGAGUUCUACACGAAAUUAGAAGAGAAGCACAAAGCUUUGGAGGCUGAGAAGAAUGAGGCUGAAACAAGGAAAAAGGAUGAGCAAGAAGCGGCUUUAAAACAACUAAGGAAGUCCUUGGUCAUCAGAGCAAAACCCAUGCCAAACUUCUACCAAGAAGGGCCCCCUCCAAAGGCUGAGCUUAAGAAGGUGCCUCCAACCCGUGCCAAGUCACCAAAGUUUACAAGGAGAAAGAGCAGCGGCGAUGGCGCACCAGCGACCCCAGAGGCGGCGGCGGCCAUCAGCGCAGGAUCCCACCGGUCGCAUCGUCACAGCAUGGGGAAUCCUCCUAAAGACGCCAACAAAGCACAGUGCUCGCCGAAGAAUGGCGUGGGCGCCAAAGCCAGGGCCGUCAAACCCGUGAGCUGAAGGCCCUCGAAAGAAGGCCGUGGAGCGGCCCGAGCUCGAAUGUAGCUGUACAAACCCUAACUCGACGUGUGUCUUUGCUUUUCUGGCAUUUCGCGGUUGAGUUAAUUCAUGUAAGGAGUCAAGUCACCUGGUCUGGACGAACUAAUUUGAGAGUCGAACCUUUGGAUUGCUCUGCUGGAUGUUUGCAGAUUGUGCCGAGAUCCGUCUUGCUGGUUGUUCUGCCCCAUGAUUCUAUUAUUGCUAUGAUGAUUGCUGUUAA